AAUAAAUGCGAUUAAAUGUAUCGUUUUCAACAAUGGGGGGAGUGAAGGAGCUGAAACAAUAACGGUUGGAGAUUCUGACCUUUCACUUGUGUGAGCUUAGAAGCAAGACAAUUUAAGGCAUUGUUUGGGUGUUUCGGAUUUUGGUUUGCCAUAUCUGGUACACCCCGCACGCCUAGAGAUCCUCAAACGCCCUUAAAUCUUGGCCGUCCAAACAACCACCGAACUGUGCUCAACCGAGUACACGUGCUUCCUAUCAUUCCUUGCCCCCUAUGCUCUUUUUUUUUUUUUUUUUUUUAAUAAUUAAAACUACCCUUUUACUCUAUUUUAUUUUUCAUCCAUGCAUGGAAUUCUCCUCCAACUACAACGCCACCAACAAGAGAGAACCAAGAAGAUAUAUAGAGAGAGAGAGAGAAAAAAAAAAUAGUCAUGGUUAGUGCUUCUUCUUCUUCUUCUUCAGUACUAGCAAUGAAAACAACAACCCAUCUCUAAAAAUUCGAUUUUUUUGAUUCCCAUUAAUUUUGUUUGCUUGGGAAACGCGAAUUAAGGGGUCUCUUGUUGUGUUGUUGUGCCUUUUCUUUGUGGGUCUGAUCUUUGUUGUACUUAUGGAACUGUCACAUCUGAAUGCUUUGAUUCUCCUCUGAUCAUCACCUGGUUAAAAAGCAAGAAGCUUCGUGAUCUGUUUUUCUGAACUUGAUCUGAAUUUGUCCCUUCCCUCAUAACUCACUUCUCUCUCUCUCUUCAACCGUUUGUGUCUUCACAUGAUCAUGGAAUGUGCAUAGCGGAUUUUGAGUACUACUUCUACUACUAAUGAUGUCGUAUGAGGAGAGGAAGUUUGUGUGCAAGUAUUGCAGCAAGAGGUUCCCUUGUGGAAAGUCUCUUGGAGGCCACAUCAGGACUCACAUGAUGAGUGAGCACUCUCAUUCUCAUUCUCGUUCGGUUCAAGGCAAUGAAAAGAAGAACAAUGUUGGUGGUGCCAUGUUCAGGUUUGAUGGUGGGAGAAAGAGGAAGAGGGAUUUGGGGUCUGAACUUGAUGGUGGUGGGAGCAGUAACAACAACAUCAUUUAUGGCCUCAGAGAGAAUCCCAAGAAGACCACGAGGUUUGUGCAUUCCAAUGCCACUUUGCAGCAGCAGCAACAGCUUGACAAGUUCUGCAAAGAAUGUGGAAAAGGGUUUCCAUCAUUGAAGGCUCUUUGCGGUCACAUGGCUUGUCACUCUGAAAAGGACAAGAACCGGUUUGAGGGGUUUACUGAGAAGCAGAAAUUGGUUAUGGAUAGUCAAUCUGAUACCGAAACUUCUGCUCCAAGGAGGUCCAGGAGAAUGAGGUUCAAGACCCUUAGCAACAGCAACAACAAUAACAACCAGUCUCAAUCUUCUUCUGUGUCAGAGGUUGAGCAGGAGCAGGAAGAGGUGGCUAGGUGUUUGAUGAUGUUGUAUAAGGAUUCUUGCCAUAAGGGUCGUUUUGCUUUGGUCACAGAGUCUUCUGAUAACAACUCGGUUGUUCUGGAGGCUAAGUCAUCUUCUCUUGAAACCAAGGUUACUAUGAUGAUGAAUAGUACUGGUAAUGGUAAGAAUUCUAUGUCUAGUGCUUAUGAGUUUGUGGAAGAGAAAAAGAAGCUGGAGCUGGAGGUGGAUCACAAGUACAAGCACGAGGACAUGAAGUUUAAGUCUGCUGAGAUUUGCUAUGAUUCUGAUAAUUCAGAUUCUGGGUACUUUAGAUAUGGUCCUAAGAAGGUUGACUCGGAUGAUUCAAAUGAUGGGUUUUUCAGGAAUGAGGUUAAGUCUUCCAAAGUGGGGUACUUGUCUGGGUUUGAGGAGUAUGAUGUUGAAUCCAGGAAGGUGCUGAGCAGAGGAAGAAGCAGGAGCACUGAAUUCAAGAAAUUUGCUUUGGAGGAUUGGGAGAAUGAUGGAGAAGAUGUUGCUGCAGCAAGGAAAUUUGGUUCAAAGAAGUUCAAGAAAUCCAACUAUGAUCAAAAUUUAGGUGGGGUUUCUAGCAGGAAGAUGGGGAAUGGUUAUACGAAUGGUGGGAACAACAAGUAUGAGUGCUUGACUAGUGAAAGGGACAAUGGUUCUGAUGAUUCAGCUUAUGAGAGUGAUGAGAGCAGCACAGACACUGAUUCUUAUCCUGCUCCAAAGGCUCACAACAGGAACAUUAGUGGUCAAAAGGGGAAGAAGAAGUUGAAGACAAAGAAAAGCAAGGCACAUGAGUGCCCAAUUUGCAACAAGAUUUUCAGGUCAGGCCAAGCCUUGGGGGGUCACAAAAGAUCCCAUUUUGUUGGAGGCUCUGAGGAGAACGCACUGGUGAUAAGGCCAGGUGCUCCUAAUGUUCCUUGCCUCAUUGAUCUCAAUCUACCAGCACCUGUUGAUGAAUAGGGAAAAUUGGAGCCUUUGCAUCAUCUUCUGUUGAGGUAGCUCAAUGUCUGGAAUUCUGAAAAUGUCUUGUCUUUAUCCCAUAUGAUGAAAGCAAUGACAAUGUAUAGACAAGUUGGUAAUUGAUUUUUGUUCCUAAGGCCUUAGAUCCAUUAUUUGGCAGGAGGUAGUCUUUCUUUUCAUGUUUAUGGAGCAGCAGCAUGAGAAUUUACUAGUUUCUCAACUGAUUUUUUCUUUCUUAUUUUUUUUUACUUGCUUUAUCAGGUACAACUAUAAUCUUGGAAUCAUGUUCUUUUCCUUGCAAAUGUUAGUUGGUUCAAUGAAUUUUUGUCUUCUAAUGUUGGGGUCUUCCAAUUUUUCAUCCUCCUAUGGAAUGUACUGAAACAAAAAAAUAGGUAAUUCAUUUUGAACCAAGGGUACUCCAAUUCUUGGUUCCUAUUUGCAAUCUGUGACUUGUCUUUUUGGGGGGCAUGAUUGAGGAGCAAGGAUCCUAGUUUUCUCUCUCCAACUGUGACCAAAACUUGCUUUUUAGCUAUGUGUUGUUCUUAAGAAAGAUCAGGGACCAACACCUUUAAUGUUUAUCAAAGUGGUUGAAAAUGAAAAAUUGUCCUUGGUGAAGCAUUCCCAAGGCUAAUGGUUUUCUUAAAAGUUAAAUAAAAACAAUUUUAAUUUUUAAACACAGGAACGUCUCGUGCACAAGUAGUUACUUUUGCAUAGAAUUGAGCACUGUGGUCAACCCGUUAUGUCCGUGAUAUGUGCGGCGUUUUGGAAGGUGAAGUCGUAAGGGGAGGCUAAGUAGUUUUCUCACCAAAUUUUUUGUUUAACUAGUCCUAUUCCUUAGCCAAAGAAAAAGAUCAAGUGGUUGUUGUUGGAUCAUUCUUUAGGUUGAAGAUUUGACUAGGAAUAAUUACUUUGUAGAACUGUGAGGAAACAAAACAAGCUUCUUUAUUAUUCAAGAUCAAAAUUUGUGGGUUGAGGUGGUUGUAAGGUCGCCUACUAGUUAAAGGUAGUAAAGCAUAUAAUUGCUCCAUGUACACCUUUCUAACACAUGUAUCUUAAUGGCAUGAGAAUUUGUAUGCCUUUUUCGUCAUGCCGGUUCCUUUA